AUGCCUGAACUUCAUUCUCUGCCUGCAGGCACUCGGCCUGAUCAUGCUAUUCGCAACAACGGGCCCGAUAGCUUGGUUCUGGAGCGAGCAAAGCUGCGCGAGCUCGCAGAGGGUUGGCCCUGUUACCGGGAUGCCUGCGAAUGGGAAAACUUUGAGUCAAUCUUCCACGAAGACGCCUAUGUAUACACCACCUGGUCCGGCCGGGUCUCCUACAAAGACUUCAUAGCUGCCUCAAAAGCCGGCAUGGACAAGGGUGCAUUCAUCAUGCACCGCUGCCACGGUGUUACAAGUGAUAUCACGCCCGAUGGAACCCGCGCCGUCACCAAGAUGAAGGCAACCAUCACUCAGCGGUUCACAAUCGACGGCUGCGAAGUUGACGCAGAGGCUGACUGUCGGUUCUGUUUCUUCUUUGAAAAGGUCGAUGGUCGCUGGGGCGCACGGUUCGUUCGUCAUUGGUAUGAGAAGGAUAAGCUGCUUCCUGUCAACCCGAACAAGGUUCCAAGGCUGGACCAGGCCAAACUUGAUUCGUACCCCGAAGGAUACAAGUGUUUGGCUUAUUGCCAGGAGCUCACCAUGGGCGUUACCGUUUUGAAGGACAUGCCUGGGCAUAGACGGCAUGUCGGCACUGUUUGUGGGGAGAAACACGAUAUGCUGUACCGAUUUGCCAAGGAUUGGUUGGAUGGAAAGAGCAUUGACGUGUAA